AUGCCUCCUCACAGCGAAAAGCUCGGCUCUAUGCUCUCGUCGACACUCCUGGGUCGUCUGUCGCCCAGCAGCCAAAAGAGCGCCACCACAGACACCACCGAAGCCGACGCCGCCGUCGCCGCUCUCGAUGCCUGCUCCAUCAUGGACAAGGGCCAGUCCGACCUCCCCUCGUUGCCCAUCCCUCCUUUGGAGCAGACCCUCUCCCGCUACCAAGAAUCCAUCCGGCCCCUGACCACCGACGAGGAGUAUGAGCGCGUGGGCAAGGCCAUUGAGGAAUUCAAGUCCUCCGGCCAGGGGACAUCACUGGACGAGCGCCUCAGAGAAAAGUCCAAGGAAUGUCAAUCACGAUCGACCAGUUGGCUGGCCGAAUGGUGGGACGACUGGGCCUACUUUACACAUCGCGACUCUUCGACCUUUUAUGUCAACUACUACUUUGGUUUCCAGGACGAUCCCCGCAUGCCCACCCAGACUGCCCGUGGGGCCCUCCUUGUCAGUCUUGCCCUCGAGUUCAGGCAAUUGAUUGCAACGCGUACGCUGACACCAGACAUGGCGAGGAAUGCGCCUUUCUGCAUGAACAUGUACCAGUACCUUUUCAAUUACAGCCGCAUCUCAGGGCUGGAGAAGGAUUGCGAUGUAGGGUUUCCCUACGAGACCAAUAGCCACAUCUGUGUUGUCCGCAAUGGGAAAUUCUACAUCUUUGACACCCAGCUGGACCCCUCCAAGCCAUCAUCGGUGUUGAGCCCACGUGAAAUCAUGAUCCAGCUGGAACGUAUCAAGAAGAUGGCAGACGACGACAAGUCCUCUGUCCCCGCCGUCGGCAUUCUUUCCACAGGACAGCGAGACCAGGCCGCCCAGGACCGCGUCACGCUGUUUGAGGCCCACGGAUCCAACAAGGCCCACAUGGCCAUGAUCGAGUCGUCUAUGUUUGUCCUUUGUCUGGACUCGACCUCCCCCACGACCUCUGAGGAGUUCUCGAGAGCCUUGUGGCAUGGCGAUGGCGCAAGUCGCUGGUUUGACAAGUGCUUCCAGCUGAUCGUCUUCGCCAACGGACGUGCAGGAAUGAACGGCGAACACUCCAAGAUGGACGCUACUCCUACAUCCCGUCUUUGCCGUUAUCUGAUUGACGAGGCCCAGGCACGUGCCCUUCCUGAUUUCAGGAACUUGAAUGCAGAGGAUCUUUACGAGAUUGCGUCGGCCCUGGACAAGCCCCUGCCUCUCAAGUUUGUCUCGAGCACCAAGCUGUCCAAGGCGAUUGAGAAUGCGCACGUCUACUUCAAGGAGACCGUCGAUGCUCACGAGAUGGUCCCGACAGAGUUCAAGGGAUAUGGCAAGGGAUUGAUCAAGACCUUCAAGAUGUCUCCCGAUGCUUAUGUCCAGAUGGCCCUCCAGCUGGCCUACUACCGCAAGCAUGGAGAGCUUGUCGCCACCUACGAGUCGGCAGCCACGCGCAAGUACCGCCAUGGACGUACCGAGACUGCCCGUUCGUGCUCUAACGAGAGUAAGGCGUUCUGUCUGGCGAUGCAGAAUGAGGAUGUCGGCCUCAAGGCUCGUGCGGCAGCCUGUCGUGCGGCAGUGGCAAGACAUGCCCAGUACACUGCUUGGGCUGUUGAUGGACAAGCAGUCGAUCGUCACCUCUUGGGUCUUCGCCUAAUUCGGGAUUCGGACGAGACCGUCCCUGCCCUGUUUGCCGACCCUGUCUUUGCUCGUACCUGCAGAUGGAGGCUGUCGACCUCGCAGAUUUCGGACGAUUGUUUUAUUGCCUAUGGAUGGGGCGAGGUUGUGCCGGACGGAUAUGGAUGCGCCUACAUGGUCAAGGAGACGGAGCUCGACUUUUGCAUCACCAGUCUCAAGCUCGGAUCCCGUGAGUUGGGCAACUAUAUUGUCGAGGCGCUGGAGGACAUGCGGUUCAUGUUUGAGGAGGUCCGCAAGAUUGAGAAGGUCGAGGCGGCUCAGGCAGCGAUGGUUGCAGCUGCUGCAGUGGCCUUGUCGAAUGCAGAGCGGUCUGGCGAAUUGGCCAUGGCCAGCAAGUCCAUGAACCCGACUAUGCAAUCGACCGCCCAUUUCAGAGAAGGACGAGUUGCCGUCCCGGACUAUGCUCUUAUUGCUCGGAGCCCUUCGCCCGCUCGUCCCCCCAUGCCUGCGCCUAGAACCAGUCUGUUCUUCCAGAAGCACGAUCCUGUCCUCCGAACUGCCCUUGCCCGUAACGCGAUGGCGAUGGCUCAAGAGAAGUACUUGUCUGGAAUCGACGAGAUUGCGUUUGACAUUGGUGGCGGUUCUGCAUCCCCUAUUCCCCCCAAGAAGGUCAUCUCUACCUCAUCGCCCACUUCCACUACUCCUACUCCAGCUGCUGCUUCUGGUGCGACUACUACUACUACCGAUGCAGGAGCAGGAGCAGGAGCAGGAGAGAGACGCCCUUCGACGGGUCAGGUUGUUGUCGGUACCCGUCCUCGUUCUGACUCUGGAACUCAGCGGACUUUCAUGGCUAUUCUGAUGGGCGAGGAUAGUAUCUUGAGUCGUCUUCGGUCCAGGAGAGGAGCUUCCAACUUGAGCAAGGAUUCUUCUUCCCAUCCUACUAGUCCCAAGUGA